GUGCUGACCAUGGAGGAGUGUACAGCGCUCCGGUGCCUCCACGAGAAAAGGCAUAUAAGGAGGGAACUUCUCCGAUGGUCAAGGAAUACUACUCUACUAUUAGGUCUAGAGAGAGUGCUAGAAGUGCUGAUGGGGGAAUCGAACUGGCUCAAAGUGCGGUCAGACCUUUACCCAGGGUCUGACUGCGACGUGCCCCUGUCAGCGGGCAGCGAAGAACCGCAAGACUGGGACCCUGCCACACCCUGCUUCGUCUGCCAGGGGAACACUCAGGGCUUGGUGCCUGAGACCCCAAGAGGGGAGUCCACACUCCAAGAGAGAGAGGUAGAUUCCCCCAGAAGACGGCUGGACUCGCCCGCUGCCCACGAGGACUCCGCCGCCGCCGCCACGAAUGGCCACCACCGGCCGGAGGACGACCUCGACGACGCGUCGUGCCCUGGUGUCACCCUCGACCUCUCGACGGGGCGCUCGUCCGCCACGCCCACGUCAGCCUCCACUCCGCCCACGCUCGGCGCGGGCAUGGGGCUCCCCCGGCCCUCGUACCUGGGCGCCGCUGCCGCCGCCACGGCCGUCGGGGGCCUGGGCGCCAUGGCCCCCGACGUGGCCCAGCGGCUGCCGCUCGACCUGUACACUGCCAACCUGCCUCCGCACCUGCUGCCCUGGAUCCUGUCGUCGCACCUGCAGCAGCUGGCGCGCGUGCAGCAGAACAUCACAACAUCACCAUCAUCAUUCUCACAGGGAAGACGGAAGGGCGACCUGAGUAAGCGGUCCUACACCGAGGACGAGCUUCAGGCGGCGCUGCGGGACAUCCAGAGCGGUAAGCUGGGCACGAGGAGAGCUGCCGUUAUAUACGGGAUCCCUCGGUCGACGCUCAGGAAUAAGGUGUACAAGCUGGCGACGGAGCGCGAGCGGAACAAGAAGCUGGCGGAGCAGAGCAAGGCGGCGGCGGCGGCGGCGGCGGCGGCGCAGGAGGGCCAGGCGUUCCCUGCGUACCACAACGGGGUGUCCGCCGCCGACGUCCAGGGCGCCUCGUCCGAGCUCCCGCGGCUGGAGGACGACACCAUCGCCUCCCCGGAGUCCUUCAGAGCGCUGCUCAAGAACAAGAUGGCGGAGAAGCUGGAGGAGAUGAGCCGGAAGGGCCUGGGCGGCGGGGACGAGAAGAGAGUGGUGGAGUCGGCGCUCAAGUACCUGAUGGAGAAUAUCCCUAAGCUUGCCCUCAACAAAGACAAUAAGGAAGUGUCGACGGAGUUUCUGAGUAGCAUCUCCUUCUACCCUCAGCUAAGCGACUUCAUCAAGAAGGUGGUCGAGGAGCGCUACAACGAAGAGCUGCAGAGAAGCAAGUCCAGACUGAACGGCUCGACGGAGCCUCCCGCCGCCGGCGCCGACGACGCGAGGGAUGAAAGCUUCGACCUCAACGUGCCGUCCUAUUCCCUCUCCUGCAACGGCCUCCAGAAGGGGGACUCAGAACCCGCGUCCACGGAUUCCAAUCACUCUAGUCAGCCACUGAUCUCCUCCUUGUCUAAUCCCAACCUGAAGGAAAUGAUUGCUCAAAUGAUUGGGCAAAAGUUAGGGUGCGAGCUGCCGCCGGCGAAGGACUCGGCGCUGGCGGGGAACAGCAGCUCGGCGGCGGGGAAGCUGCAGCAGCCCUUGUCUUUCACGGCGGCGGCCGACGCCAAGCUCAACGGGGAGAAGCGCGAGCUGGCGGCCAAGAAGGGCGCGGCGGCCUCCACGACCAGCGGCGGGAAGGGCUCCCGCCCCAAGCGAGGCAAGUACCGCAACUACGACCGCGACAACCUGCUGAAGGCCGUGCAGGCGGUGCAGAGCGGCGAGAUGAGCGUGCACAGGGCGGGCAGCUUCUACGGCGUCCCUCACUCCACCCUCGAGUACAAGGUCAAGGAGCGACACCUGAGCCGCGGCAAGAACAAGAGCGCCACGCCCACCAGCGGCUGCUCCUCUCCGCUGGCCAAGGCCAAGAAGGAGCCUGCGAAGGCCACGGCGGACACCACCACCACCACCACCGCCGCCGUCGCCGCCACCACAAUCGAUCUCACGGAGGACGAGAAGAGCAAAGCGAGCGAGGCGCUGGAGAUCACGCCCGUGACCAAGAAGGCGCGCGUCGACGGCGACUCGGCCUCCUACCCGCCCUUCCCCCCGAUCUCGUCGACGCCGCUCUCCUCCGCGCCCAUGUCGCCGAGCCCCUUGGCCAGCAACCCGAUCCUGGCGAACCCGUUCUCGCUGUGGAAUAGCGCCCCGAUGGUCCCGCCCUUCCUCGCCAGCUACCAGCAGGACUCGUUCUACGCGUCGCACAUGAUCCGCCGCUUCCAGGAGGCGGCGGCCAAGAGCAGCGGCAGCGUUGGCGCCCGCACGCCGCCCGCCACCGACCGCUCGUCGUCGCCCGCCGUGGCCCAGCCCGCGCUCGAGCUGCCCGCCACGCCGCCGUUCCAGGGCAGCGUGCUCGACGCCCUCCUCAGGGGCAAGACCACGUCGUCCGCCACCAAGACGACCACUGCCACAACCACGACCACCAGCAGCAGCAACAGCAGCUGCAACAGCCCUCUGCCCGGCGGCGACAACUCGUGGCAGGUGUCCUCGAGCCUGCUGAGCCUGACGAAGGGGCUCGUGAUGGAGCAGCAGCACCAGCAGCGCUCUGAGGACGACCCAACGCCGCCUCUCAUCCCGCCGCAGGGCUUCAUGGCCUUCUACACCCUCCCCGCCCUCGCCGCCCGCAACAGCCUGGUCGCCGCCCUCCAGCAGCGCCCCCCUCCGCGGGAGAGCCUGAGGGAGGCGAGCCCCGAGGUGGACAUCCUGCCCCUCCCGCUCGUCAAGGAGUCGCGCCACCAUCCCACGCCCGUUGCGGCGGACCAGCCGUGAGCGCCGCCGUCGGCCGUCCUUCGUUGCCUCGACCUCCCGCGCCCCGCAGCCCGCGAGACCGAGGGCCGUCCCCCCGAGCCAGGCCCUUCGGCGUCCCCGGCCGCCCUUCGCCCUCGUCGGCUCCGAGAGAGACAUUCCAGGUCGUGAUUUCGGCGUAGGCCUUACGCUGAAAUGUUCGGUUUUCUACUUAGUGAUCAGGCAUGCUGGUUUAUCCAUAUUUUGUCGUUUAGCAGAUUGUCCAUGUUUUUUUUUUUCGAUUUUACACUAAUUUCCAAGCGCUUUUUCUCACGCCGAUACCAUAUCACGGUUCCAAGAUCAGUCUCGUCAACUCGAUUUUCUAUUUAAUGAAUAGAAAUGAUCUUUUAUAAGACGAUUGUUUUCCUUCUAAGAAACGUAUAUUUAUCUGACUGGGAAUAUAGCGAGAAUCCUGGAAUAUUGCGGUCUUUGUGCUGCUAGGAAUUCUGGAAUCUAAUUUUCUCUCUCUUCUUUCUCUCUAGGUGUCUCUUUUCUCUGCUUUGUUCUUAUUCCCCCAUCUCUCUUUCUUUUUCCCUUUUCUAUCUUUGUUUUCUCUUUCUUUCUUUGUCUGCUCCUGUUUGUCCGUCCGUCCGUCCGUCUGUCUAUCUAUUUGUCUGUCUGUCUGUCUGUCUGUCUGCCUGUCUGCCAGUCAGUCAGUCAGUCUGUAUCUCUCUCUCUCUCUCUCUC